UAUUGCGGAUGGGCGUUUAAAGCUGCGCAUGCGUGCUUUGUUAUACACUUCUUCGACCAAUAAAUUGUUAAAAAAAAAAAAGUAAACAAGUCAGAACGACACGAAAUUGACAAGUAGUCUUUUAAAACUAUGAAGGAAGAUAAAGAAAACACCCGACCCAGGGAGAGAAGAGUGGAAAUAAUGUGCGAAGAUUCGGAGAGGACAGAGAAGUCGAAAGAAAAGAAGGAGAGCAUGACAAAGAUUGUGAUCAGAAGGCUGCCACCAAGUCUCACUAAAGAGGAGCUUGAGGAGCAACUGCAGCCUCUUCCAGAAGUAGACUACUUGGAAUUCUUCUCCAAUGACACCAGCCUGUAUCCUCACCUCUUUGCGAGGGCAUACAUUAACUUCAAGAACCAAGAGGAUAUUGUAUUGUUCAGGGAUCGCUUCGAUGGCUAUGUAUUCAUUGACAACAGAGGACAAGAGUACCCUGCUAUUGUGGAGUUUGCGCCUUUUCAAAAAACGUCCAAGAAAAAAAACAAGAAAAAGGACGCCAAGUGCGGAACCAUAAGUGACGAUCCUGAUUACAAGAAGUUCUUGGAUUAUUACACUGGAGACAAUGAGAAGUUGACAUCUACUCCCGAGACUCUGCUGGAAGAGAUUGAAGCCAGGUCAAAGGAGCUAAUAGCUAAAAGAAAUACUCCCUUGUUGGACUUCCUAAAGAACAAACAACGAAUCAGGGAGGAGAAGAAAGAGGAGAGGAGAAGACGGGAGCUGGAGCGAAAGCGUCUUCGUGACGAAGAGCGCCGCAAAUGGCGUGAGGAGGAGCGACGGAAACGCAAAGGAGGCGAGAAGAUGAAGAAACUGGAUAAAAUGUCGGAAAAUGAAAAGGACCAAGUCAAGGAUGAGCCAAAAAUCAAACUGCUGAAGAAGCCAGACAGAGGAGACGAUGCCGAUUCUGACAAAAUGAGGGAGAAGUUAAAAAAAGCUGAGAGGCCCAGUAGAGAGGACAUCAGAAGCACUGAGCACAAGAGACGACAAAACAUUGACAACAAGGAAGAGCGCGCAAAGAGAGCGGACGAGGAAGUGCGUAGGGAAUUCCGUGAGCAUGACGCCGACCGUGACAGAGAGCGUGAACUGGAGAAGGAGCGUCUACAAAGGGAGAAGGAGCGCCUGAGACGACAGGAGCGACGCCGGAGGAGGGAGAAGCACGACGCCGAAAACGUCAGUAGGAAGUGGGUGGAGGAGGAAGGGCCAUCGAAAAAGGAUAGGGAGCGGCUGCCGGACAAGAAACGGAUUGACAACGUAUCAGAAUCUGACAAGGCUGAGAAGACUAUUAAAGACAACAAGAAGGACGACAGCUCCAAGAGAGAACGACUACGGAAUAGAGAUCGUCCUGCAAUCCAGCUGUACCAGCCUGGAGCACGAAGCCGCAAUCGUCCAGGAGGAGGAGGAGCAGGUGACUCCAGUGUUGCGGACAGGAAACCAGACACUGAGAUGAAGAAAAUGACUGAAAAGGGCGACGACUAGCGAAUUUUUUCUCAAAAUGUCUUUUUAUUUUGCGAGAGAAGAGAAGGGCAAGCCAGACUCAGUGCUGCGUGUCAACUCAAGAGCCUGCUCUCCUAUGUUUGAAGCCCACUUGUGAUUCACUAAGGAACUUGAUAGUGCCUCAACAUGACCCUUUUUACUUUCACUCAUUAGAAGCGCUAAAAGUUUGGCUUCAGGGCACAGAAAACCCCCAAGUGACCUUACUUUGUGCCUGUCUUGCUGCAGAUGUUCUACUUUGAUUUAUGCUCACACAAAUCUUACAUUCAAACAGCAUCCACAAGCUUUUUACCGGCGUCCAUCUAACUGUUUUUGUUACUCCUUGUAACAGACGAAUUGGAUGAUGCAUUUGAGUCUUCUGCUCAUUCAUCAUGCAGUUUGAGCUAUUAAAUCGCCUUCGUAAAUAGACAAUGUGGGGAAAUAACAACAGCAUUUAUUUUUUUCCGUAUUUUAUGUUAUGGCCUUUUUUUUUUUUUUUUUUUUUUU